AGUGGUUGAAAAUGCGGGCUUAUCAGUAAUGAUGUCAAGCAUGGACCUGACAUUUUUGGGCACAGCCUCCGCCUACCCGUCUCCAACCAGAGGAGUUUCUUGUACUGCCCUCAAACACGAGGAUGGAUCGAUCUGGCUGUUUGACUGUGGUGAAGGCUCCCAGAUUCAGCUAAUGAGAAGCUUAUUGAAGGCCAGCAAGGUCAACAAGAUAUUCAUCACACAUCUCCAUGGUGACCAUAUGUUUGGUUUGCCAGGAUUGAUGUGUACUGUAAGUCAGAACAACCAGAAAACCGGUCAGUUAGAGCUCUAUGGACCUCAUGGUUUACGUCGAUUCAUUCGCUGUAGCCUGCAGUUGUCACGGUCUGAACUCACCUAUAAUUACGUGGUACAUGAGCUGCAGGUUGUGGAGGAACAGCUGCCUGCUGAGUGGAAUACUUGGACUGUGAACCAUGAUGCUGAAGGCAGUCUCCACCCCAACGAACACCCAGGUCAGCAGAUCUCUCCGGAUGAGAAAGGUGUUUGGAACCUGAUCGAAGAUGACCGUUUUGUUGUGAAAGCAGUCUGGCUGAAACAUCGAAUCCCAUCUUUUGGAUUUUGUGUUGAAGAAAAACCAACCCAAGGAAAGCUCAACGAUGCUAUGUUAAGGUCAAUGGGUGUUCCACCAGGGCCUCUGUAUGGGAAGAUAAAAUCAGGGGAGACAAUUAUGUCCCCAACAGGUGAAGAGGUAAGACCAGAGGACGUGUUGGGCCCUCCAAGGCCUGGGAGAAAGGUCAUUAUCAUGGGAGACACAGCUGACUCCUCACAGCUCAUGUCUGUGGGGCUCAAUGCUGACGUGCUCGUCCAUGAAGCCACUCUAGAGAAUGAACUUUUAGCACAGGCCUUACAGAAUGGACACUCUACUCCAGAAAUGGCAGCAGUAUUGGGGAAGUCUUUGAAUGUGGGAAAGCUGGUGCUGACUCACUACAGUCAGAGAUAUAAACCUCUGGGGGCAGUGACAGAGAAAGACGACAAGUCAGUGUCAGUGUUACUGGAGCAGGCAGAGGCUGUGUUGGGGAAGGGUAAAGUCAUAUGUGCAGAGGACUUCCUGACCAUUCCUAUUCCUCCUAGAAAAGCAUGAGCCUUCUCUGUGAGUUCAUAGUCCAAUGU